CAUGUGUAUGAAUAGUUAUGUUAUUGACCCCCAUUUUUUGCCUUUUAUUUUUGGUCCAUAAUACUUUCAGUUUCAAAAUCAGUUGGGUUGGGCUACUACUGUACUUUGGCUGUAGUCAAAUGUUCGUAUAUCCUGGUCAACAAAAAGUAGAUACUGCCCAAAAACAAAAAUGGAAUUAAAUUCUUUGGCUAAAAUGAGGGGGAAUCAAACGCUGUCGGUGUUUGGGGUUCUUCCCAGACAGUGGCCACCACAAGUACAUGUGUUUUGUUUAAUAAACUUUUGUAAUAAAUUGUCGAAAGCUAGUGAAAUGCAUGAUUAUUAUUAUUUUAUCUUCCACUAACCAUAAUGAGCUAUAUUUGCUACAUUCCUUCCUGUCAUAUGAAUUGAAGUUGUACAACAUGACACUAAUUGACAAUUCAGCUUGUUGGAAAACUUCAAAACCUCAUUGCCGGCCUCUGGAGGGCAUGCCUUCGACACAAUGCUCUCUGUUUCUCCCUAACCGGUGGAGCAAUCAUCAAAGGGAAUUGUAUGACGAUAGUAAUAUCAACAAACUCUUUUUGAAAUGGGGUGCAAAUAGAACAAGGAAACUAUAUGACCCUGGCAGUUAAUAAAAGAGUAUUUUAGCAACGAAUUUUAAAGUUUAAUGGGUGCAAAUAUAUUAAAAUAAAAAUGGUGCAAAAAGCAACCCCCUUAUGAUCUUGACCCACAUUUUGCCUUUUUUUAUUUUUGGUCCAUAACAUUUUCAGUUUCAUAAUCAGGUGGUUGGGCUACUACUGUACUUGGGCUGAAAGAUUUUUGCAAGAGUCAAAUGUGCGUACAUCCUGGUCAUCAUUCAGACAUUCAGAAAAAAAAAGGGUAGAUCCUGCCCAAGACAAAAAUGCAACUAGAUUCAUUGAGAAAGUUCAGAUUUUGUUGACAAAAAUAAAAAAUUUCAGGUUUUUAUUACGCUAAUGAUAGUAUCUGUUUGUUCAUAAAAUAUUUUGAAGAACAAAAUAUACUCGAUCCUUAGAAACGUUAUUCAGUAACGAUGCACUUUUAUCACUGAGCAAGGAUAUACAAGUUAUGAAUUGAAACUGUUACAUGCUAUGAAAUGUAGUCGUAUGUGAUUAUUCUCAAUUAUUUAUUUAUUUCUUGUAAACAAACCACAAGCAUUGCUUUAAUUUACAUUAUCAAAAUGUAAAAAUUUAACAUUUCCCUACUUGUCUAAUAAAUAAGGAAAACAUGGUUAGUUGGGUAGUUACAUAAUCCAUUUUUGGGUUGAAUUAUAGCAUUUGUUCUCCGGGUUUGACUUACAUAAUGAUAGACAAAAACAUAGUGGUACUGUCAGAAACCGCGUAGGCUGCUUUAUGUGGAAACUUAGCCAUUAAGUUUCGGAAACACAAUACCCUCUCACUCUGAAACUUUGGGAAUUUUUAACGGUGAUCACAUCACUCACUAGUCACUAAAGAGUUAAAAUCUGAUUUCGCUAGUUUCACUCAAAAGGGAGAACUCAUUUCGCACUCUGCAGCUCUUGAAUUCACGUUUGCAUGAUGAGUUUCUUGAGGCCUUCUGCAUUGUACCACUUUCUGAUGACUUACCCUUCACUGAAAUGGAUGCCGUGUCAGAGUUGGGGGUUCCUUCGAUGGCCGGGUCUCGAUGGCUUCAUGAGGCUUUUGGUGGUUGUGCUUCUUUGGUCUCUGUUCUCGGAGCUUCGCUACAUACCUUCAUCUUCCAUGUACCCCACCCUUCGUGUUGGCGAUCGAAUUCUUGUGGAAAAGGCUUCAUAUUACAUCAGGAGUCCUGCUAUACAUGAUAUUGUAACAUUUCGGGAUCCAAAACAGCUUUCUGGAGGAAACAAAGAUGCUGUUUUUAUUAAGAGAAUUGUAGCAAAAGCAGGAGACACUGUUGAGGUUCAGCAUGGGGCACUCUACAUCAACGGUGUUGCACAGGAGGAAGAUUUCAUAGCAGGGCCACCAACAUACACAAUGCCAUUAACUCAUGUACCUAAAGGCCAUGUUUAUGUGUUGGGAGAUAAUCGUAACAAUAGUAAUGAUUCCCAUGUGUGGGGGCCACUUCCUGUAAAGAACAUAGUUGGAAGAUACGUCAUGUGCUAUCACAGACCCACAAACAUUUGACACAAAUAUCAUGAAGAUGUACUGAAGGAAAUGGUGUUCUUUUCUAUGGUCUGACCAAUGGGACAUCAUAUGCAUAAUAGGCCAUGCAAUUUCCAUGAAUAGUUCCCUCCCGCUCUUCCAUAAAUGCAGCGCAUCAUUUGCUAACUCUUUAUGGGAUUGGAUUCUCAUAUGCAUGUAGUGAGGCUUCCCCUCGUUCAGAGCAUGAAAUGAACCAACAGAAAAAAUAUAUCAUGGGAUUUCUUCACGGUUCACUGUUAAUUGAGUAACGAUGCAUGUCAUUUGCUAAGUAAUAUUCGUAAAGGAAUAUAAAUUUCUUUAGUAGUAUCUUUCAUAUCUUUUGUAUAAGUUGCAGUAAAAAAAAUGGGUGAAAAACAAACAUCUUGUUGGUGCUUUGGUGGUCAUUUUAAGUCCUGUUUCUCACGUGACAAAAGCAGGAGGCAGUGUUGUGGUUGCUUUUCCCCCGUAAUGGCUUUUAGGCUUUUACCAAGUAACCAAGUUGUAGCUCACUGAGCUUCAUCUCUUGCCUUUUGCCAUCAACCCUCCAUUUGUCACAAUUGGAAUACUUGUAUUGUGUUCCAUUUCCUUGCACGACUAUGCUAACAAAAACUGGAGGAUAACUUGAAAGGAAAAGCAACGGUAGGUGGUGGUUUUCUUGUCUUAGAGAGACAGGCUGCUGAGGAACUUGCAUGGUUGAUGGUUCCAUUGACCUUUUAAUUUAUCUGAAGGGGAAGAAUCGAAGUGUGUUUAGAUAUCUAAUUUUGUGGCUGUAGUUUGUGGUGUCCUUUAUAUCAGCUAGCUCUUGCAUACAUUUUGGAAGAUUGAUGUGCGAUUCUGAUGGUGCCUAUUUACAGCAUAUUUGGAUUUACAUUCAAAUGAGUAUGAGACUAUGUUUGUUUUAACAUUAUUAGUUGUAACUUCUAUAUUAUAUGUAUUGAAUUUACAUUUGCUGGUUUUU